CAGGUAUACGGAUGCAAAACAAACUGUCAAGCUCGUUUUCUUUCACGUACACCUUACAGCAACAGUCAAGUGCAAAGCAAGGUCACGAUGCCGCGCAGCCAAGGAACGUCCCGCAAGGGUAAGCCCGGAAAGAAAGACCGCGACGCGGGAAUGGGGAAGUCACUCCAACGCGCUCAGGUCCAACGCUACCGGCCUCGAGCGGAUGGUAAAUCGCGACGUGGCGACGGAGGCAUGCACAUGCAAGCUGGUGUAGAUUCAAUCGGACUUGAGGAGGCGCAGCAAGAUCAGCUCAAGACACGAUCCGUCUUGGAAAUGCAGGAUUUGGAUGACUUCUUGUUGCAAGCCGACAUGGCGAAUCGCGAGUUUGUUAGUGAAAAAGAAGGACUUGUCGUUGUAGACCAGACAGGUCAAGCAUAUCGGCCUCCAGCAGUGCAAUGGGCGGACCAGAAGUCGUCGUUUUUAUUUACAGAGCUCUCUGUGCCCCGUCGUCCUGCCUGGGACGAUACCACGACUGCCGUGGAGCUGGACAUGAAUGAACGAAAGUCUUUUCUAGAGUGGCGCCGAGCCAUCGCCAUCAAAGAAGAAGAACUCGCGCGGACGAGCUCGUUGGCUGCAGCAACGCCAUUUGAAAAGAAUCUCGAAGUUUGGCGCCAGCUUUGGCGUGUAUUGGAGCGGUCGGCGUGCCUCUUGCAACUCGUGGACGCCCGAAACCCGAUGUUUUAUCUUUCCGAUGAUCUUCGAGAUUAUGCUUCUACUUUGGGCAAGCCAAUGAUGGUUCUUGUCAACAAAAGCGACUAUCUAUCACCCUCACAGCGCGCUUCCUGGCGAGAAUAUUUAAUGGAGAAGGGCUGGGAUCCAGUCUUCUUCUCUGCCGUCAAAGAACAGCAAAAGCUGGACGCUAUGGCCAAUCGAAAGCGCAUCCAAGUACAACUCGGGACAGGUCACGACAACUCUUUAGACCAUUUAGGCGAAGAAACUGAUGUAUCCAUCGACGCUCACGAUCAAAUUGAAGAACCAGAAGAUGAACGAGGAGUGUCUGUUCCCCUUAGCCGUGAGCGACUCAUGGAAACUAUGCUAAGUUUUGCUCGUCAACACAAUUGUCAGCCAGACCCCAGGUACGAUAACCGAAUCCAGUUUGGAAUGGUGGGAUUCCCCAAUGUCGGAAAGUCUUCGGUGAUCAAUGUUCUUUUUGGAAGUAGCAAACAUGAGCAUGGUGUGGUACGCGUUGCUGUCGCCAGUCAACCGGGAAAGACAAAGCAUUUCCAAACAUUGAUGUUGCCAGAUGCCGAAGAGAUGAUGUUGUGCGAUUGCCCAGGCCUGGUCUUUCCUUCGUUUGUGUCAAAUACUGCUGACCUGAUUGCGGCUGGCGUUUAUCCAAUUGCACAGAUGCGAGAUCACUGGCCAGUCACAAACCUUAUUUGUCAGCGGAUUCCGCGUGAGGUUAUCAAUGCUCACUACGGUAUCGUACUUCCGAAACCUAGCCAACUGGAAAUGAAUGAGCGCGGACUAACAAAGCUGCCGCCUCCUAGUGGCGAGGAAUUUCUUGGAACGUUCUGUAUUGCCCGAGGCAUGUUGGCAGCAAGUAGCGGAGUCCCCGAUUACACACGGGCUGCACGAACGAUCAUUAAAGACUACGCGGAUGGCAAAUUAUUGUAUUGUCACCCUCCUCCAAGU